UGAUCCUAUGGGGACCACUCUCAUUGAAAUCAGCACAGAAUUCAGUGUCAAAUGGAUUCCCAAGUUAGAGAGAUGGCUCAGCAAUUUAGAGCACUUGUUGGAUCAGGAAGCAUUAACCAGUCCUUGAUGACACUAAGAAUAUGCAUGGAAGUCCUGAGAGAAAACCAGAAAUAUGGAACCAACAAGAUGGUUCCAUAUCGAGAUUCAAAGCUAACCCGACUAUUCAAGAACUACUUCGAUGGGGAGGGGAAGGUUCGGAUGAUCGUGUGUGUGAAUCCAAAGGCUGAAGACUAUGAACAAAGCUUGCAAGUCAUGAAGUUUGCAGAACUAACCCAGGAAGUCGAAGUAGCAAGACCAGUAGACAGGGUGAUAUGUGGCCUGGCACCAGGGAGACGGUACAGAAACCUGCCUCGGGGAGGCCCAGUUGGAGAUGAACCUUUGAUGACUGAAGAUAUUCUACAGAGCUCCCCACCACUGCCCUCAUGCAAACUUUUGGAUGUCAAUGAUGAGGAGACCUUUCCAAACAUGACAGACACUUUGGAGAAACAGCAUCACCAGGGACAACAAUGGAUUGAGGACCUUACUAAGUGCAGAGCUGGUCACAGCUGCUGUGACUUGAGAGGUAGAAACAGGUCUUUGUGACUCCAUCUGUUGAGACACCUCUCAAGGAAGACUUGUUUUCUUGGCUUUGUCGUGGUCUCAAGGAGUUGUUUUUUCUGAACGGCCAGGUUUUGUU